AUGGGCUUCAUUUGCUCUCAGAAAAAGGACGUUGCAGAGAGCGUGUAGAGAGAGAAAACACCUACUGGACUGUGGGUAUGGUGGGAGAGAGCUCGCCAGUGCUAGAGAGAGAAUCAUCGAAGGCGGCAAGAAGGUGAGGCCAGGAUUUUCUUGCCAGGAAUCCAGUCCAGACCGAGAGGAAGCAGAGAAGAGUCGGGGAAAUGGCUCCGAGGUCAGGUAGGGGCAAGGGAAACAAAUCCAGGAAUGAGAAGAAGAAAAAAGAAGAUAAAGUUGUACCUAGCGUUGUUGACAUAACCGUAAUCACGCCAUAUGAGACUGAAUUGGUUCUCAAGGGCAUCUCCACUGAUAAGAUACUGGACGUGAAGAAGCUCCUGGCGGUUAAUGAACAAACCUGCCACAUCACGGAAUAUUCCCUCGCUCAUGAGGUUAAAGGACGGAGGCUGAGCGAUAAGGUAGAGGUUGUUACACUGAAGCCAUGUGUGCUGACAAUGGUUGAAGAGGACUACUCAGACGAGACACGUGCGCUGUCGCACGUGCGAAGGCUGCUCGAUCUUGUCGCGUGCACCACGCGCUUCGGCAAGCCCAAGUGCGGGAGCGGCGUCUCCGGCGGAGGGACGGAGUCUCGAUCGAAGAAAAGUAAAGCUCAGCAGCGCGCGCCAGUGGGAGCUCUGCCGGAUGGAGAAUUACGGUCUCCGGGGAACCCUCCGUCGGCGUUAUCCCCGAGCUAUGAUAUGGUGGCGAUUCACCCGAUUCCGAAGCUGUCGGAUUUCUAUGAGUUCUUUUCUUUCUCUCACCUAACUCCACCUAUACUACAUCUUGAAAGAGUCCAAUCUAAAGAUGGUGCAACGCGGCGGGAUGGUGAUUAUUUCGAAAUGCAGAUAAAGAUAUGCAAUGGGAAGACAAUACAAGUGAUGGCAUCAGCAAAGGGUUUCUAUGCUUCUGGAAAACAAUAUUUGCUGAGCCAUUCUCUGACAGAUCUUCUACAACAACAAAGUCAAGCUUUCGCUAAGGCAUAUGCAUCCUUGAUGAAAGCCUUUGUUGAUCACAACAAGUUUGGUAAUCUUCCGUACGGUCUGCGUGCCAAUACAUGGCUUGCCCCUCCUUCCAUUCUUUGCUCUGCUUCACGUGUUGUGCCUCUGCCUACAGAAGAUGAAAAUUGGGGAGGAAAUGGUGGAGGACAGGGAAGAUUGGGAGAGUCUGAUAAUAGACCUUGGGCAACAUACUUUGCUUUAUUGGCUAGCCUACCAUGUAAAACUGAGGAAGAAAGAGUGAUUCGAGACAGAAAGGCAUUUUUGGUUCAUAGUCUUUUUGUUGAUGUGGCUGCUUUUAAAGCUGUUUCAUCCAUAGAUAAAGUGAUGAAUUCGGUUGCUAAGGCUACACAUCAUCCAGGCUCAGUUGUGCUUGAGAGUCAGGUUGGUGACCUUUCAAUUACAGUCAAAAGAGAUGAAGUAGGUGUAAGAUUGAAAAGGGAGCUUAAGAUUAUUGGCAGCAAAUCAUGCAAUGAAUCUUCCAUGGAAGUUUCUCAGAGAAAUCUACUUAAAGGAAUAACUGCUGAUGAAAGCGUACUUGUACAUGAUACUUCUUCUUUAGGUAUUGUUGUUGUAAGACAUUGUGGCUACACUGCAACAGUGAAGGUUGAUGCCAAUUGGGACAAAGUGAAUAACUGUAUACAAGAUAUUGAUAUUGAGGACCAGCCUGAUGGAGGGGCCAAUGCACUUAAUAUUAACAGUUUAAGAGUGAUACUCCAAAAAACAUGUACAGAAUCCUCAGUCAAUCGCCAAACUCGUCAGCUUGUUUUGACAGAACCUUCAACUUCAACAUGUAUGGUCCAAGAAAUAGUAAAAGCUUCUCUGAAAAAGCUCGAGGAUAGUCCACCAAUACCAAAGAGUUGCAUGAGAUGGGAGCUUGGUUCUUGUUGGGUCCAGCAUCUACAAAAGCAGGAGACGAAGACUAUAGACAAUUCUGGAAAUCUUGACAGCGACAACAAGUUUGAACCUGUAAAAGGACUUGGGGAACAUUUUAAGAUGCUAAAGAAGAUAGAAAAGAAAAUAUCCAGUAUUAAUGGGAAGGGUGUGGACAUCUCUGCCGAAACCGGAAGCCUAAACGCAGAAAAUGGCAGAGGAGAAACACAAAACAGCGAACCAAAUUGGGAGUUGCUGAAAUAUGUUCCUAAGGAAGCAUUACUACGCUUGAAAGAAACUGGUGUGUGCCUUCAUACAAAGUCAGCGGACGACCUGGUGAGGAUGGCAAAUGAUUAUUAUGAUAACCUUGCAUUACCUAAGCUGGUUGCAGACUUUGCAUCACUUGAACUGUCUCCAGUUGAUGGUGGUACAUUAACUGACUUCAUGCAUCUUAGAGGACUACAAAUGUGCUCUUUAGGACAUGUGGUAAAACUUGCAGAUAAGCUUCCUCAUAUACAGUUCAUAUGCAUUCAUGAAAUGGUAACAAGGGCCUUUAAGCAUGUGCUGCGAGCUGUUAUUGCUUCUGUUGAAUGUGUGGAUGACUUGUCAGCAACUAUAGCUACAACCUUAAAUUUUUUGUUUGAUUCUGGCUAUGUUGAAAACAAUGGCUCAUGUGAUCAUCUUCUCAAGUUACAAUGGUUGCGAAUUUUUUUGGAGAAAAAAUUUGGUUGGAGAAUGAAUGAUGAAUUCCAAUACUUGCGAAAGUUAUCAAUUCUAAGAGGACUUUGUCACAAGGUUGGAUUAGAAUUGGUCCCCAAAGACUAUGACAUGGACUGCUCAACUCCGUUCACAAAAUCCGAUAUCAUAAGCAUAGUGCCAAUCUGCAAGCAUGUAGGGUGCUCUUCUGUUGAUGGGCGAACGCUACUGGAGUCUUCAAAGAUUGCAUUAGACAAAGGGAAACUAGAUGAUGCUGUUAAUAAUGGAACAAAGGCCCUCUCAAAAAUGAUAGCCGUAUGUGGCCCUUACCAUCGUACAACUGCAAGUGCUUACAGUCUUCUGGCGGUCGUUCUUUAUCACACUGGAGAUUUUAAUCAGGCAACUAUAUAUCAGCAGAAAGCAUUAGAUAUCAAUGAGAGGGAGCUUGGGCUAGACCACCCUGAUACAAUGAAGAGCUAUGGGGAUCUGUCGGUUUUUUACUACCGUCUUCAGCACUAUGAAUUGGCAUUAAAAUAUGUGAACCGUGCAUUAUAUCUUCUUCAUUUCUCGUGUGGUCUCUCACAUCCGAACACAGCAGCUACGUACAUAAAUGUUGCCAUGAUGGAAGAGGGCAUGGGAAAUGUUAAUGUUGCUCUCAGAUAUCUUCAUGAAGCCCUUAAGUGCAAUCAAAGAUUACUUGGAGCUGACCACAUACAGACUGCUGCUAGCUAUCAUGCCAUAGCCAUAGCUCUUUCGUUGAUGGAUGCAUACACCCUCAGCAUGCAACAUGAACAAACUACAUUACAAAUUCUCCGGGCUAAACUGGGAGCAGACGAUCUUCGCACUCAGGAUGCCGCUGCUUGGCUUGAAUUCUUCGAGUCGAAAGCCUUGGAACAGCAGGAAGCAGCACGUAAUGGAAUCCCAAAGCCAGAUGCAUCCAUUGCUAGCAAAGGUCAUUUGAGUGUGACAGAUCUCCUUAAUUAUAUAAGUCCUGAUCAGGAGUUGAAGGCUGCAGAUGCUCAGAGGAAAAGGCGCCUCAAGGCUUGUAUCGAUAAAUUCCCUAGACAACAACAGCAAGAAGGAAAGAGCGAAAACCCCGUCAGCUCCGAGGAUAUAGAAAAAAGUGAAAUCGCCACCAGCAUUGUCGAAGAUAUGGAAAAUAGUGGUAGUAAAGUGAUAGACAGUAGUAGUGAAGGGGAUAUGGCAGAUCCCAGACCUCCCCAAGAAAUACAUACCGACACUCGGGCCGGGCAUCAUCAUCUACUUAAUGAAGCUCUCACGAAUGAUUCAAAUUCAGAAGAGGGAUGGCAAGAAGCUACCCCAAGAGGAAGAUCUGGAAAUGGAGUUUUUAGAAAGUCCAACAGGAAACGACAAGAUCUUGCCAGGUUAAAAUUGAACUCCAUGCACUUCGAUAAUGGCUCUCGAAAGGAGGCUGUUUCGCCAGUGCACAAGGGCCCAUUCAAGAGAGUUUCAGCUGAUACUGUAACCUCAAAUGCCAUCAAUGAUUCGAGUCGAGCAGCUGCAAAGAUGUCCGGAACCAAGAGUUCUACUUUAGUACCAAAAGUUUCACAUCUAACAGUGGCCUCCAAAUCAUUGUCAUACAAAGAAGUCGCAGUGGCUGCGCCAGGUACGGUCAUAAAGCCUCGACAAGAGAAAGUUGAAGAAAUAAAUCACGACGAGAUAAUCAGUGGUCUUCAAAAGACAGAGCAACCAGUUGAGAAUGUUCCAGUUUCUACAGAUGACUCGACGCUAAAACAUGAAGCCCCGACAGGAGAUUGUAAGGUCGAGAUUUCUGAACCAGCUCAAGAAGAAGUCACAAAAGGAGACCACAAAGGUGAUAUUUCUGAGACAGGCUCGGAUUCAGACACUGAAGAAAUUCAAUGUUCCAUUAUCCAGGAGAAACCCGUAGAAACAAAUUGCAGCAAACUCUCGGCUGCUGCCGAGCCAUUCAGUCCCGGCGCCUACCCUCCUUUGACUCAGCCAGCGAACACUCAAGUCAUUACUUCCGUCUACGAUGUUUUGGCGAGUCAAGGUCCACUGACAGAACACUGUUCGUUCGCUGCAGUCAUGGCUCCGAUUCCUCGCGGUCCUAGAUCUCCGGUGUACUUGAGAGCCCACCGGAGUUUCCCAACUGGAUUUAUGAAUUACCGCAUUCCUGUUUCCGACAGAAAAGGAGUUGUUGUGCUUCCGAAAACAAUGAACCCUCAUGCACCGGAAUUUGUUCCCGGCAGAGCAUGGCAAUCGACCGCAGCAGCUGCUGAAGAUCGACGACCAUUGGCUGACUCCGAUUCCUCUUCUUCUGAUGUCAAUAGCGUCGAAUACACAAGCUCUCAAGGCGAGAAGCUCGAUGAAAAAGGCGCAGCCGCGGCUUCAAGGGGAAGAUCAAAGAAGAACUGUUUGGAUACCGACAAAGCCGAGCUAGCUAGGCAGAUACUUCUCAGCUUCAUAGUGAAAUCCACUCAGAGCCCUUCGGAUUCUUCUCCGGAACACGACAGGAAGCACGCGGUUUAUGUUAAUCCCGGCGACGCAAUCGCGAAUGACAGUGCUAUCAUAAGGAUUUCCGGUGGAGAUGAUGAAAAGCAAGAGCCAGCUGUCUCGGAGAUGAAUCACAGCACGAGCACCAGAAGAGUCGACGUGAACAUGAACAACAAAACUUGUGAUCAGGAAGGGUUCGUUCUCGUCACCAAGAGGAGACGAAACCGGCAGCAUUUCCCCAGCACUGAGCUGUAUACUCAGCAGUCGAUCUGUGCUUCAGUACGUUGAAGUGAGGAUACUCGGAAUGGAUUUCUUAUCGAUCGUUGAAGUGUGCUCUGCUCGCUCGCUCGCUCGUCUCAUCGGGUAACAUUCGUAAGAAAUAUCUUUCUUUAUUUUUGUUUUUUUUCGAUCAAAUGCUCUCUGGAGUUCAUUAUCUGCUGUGAUGUGUUCUAGUUUAUGUGUUCCCUUCGGACCUACAAGUUUUGUUAUUUUGUAGGGCGUCAUAAAUCAAUGCUUGAUAUAUGAAUGAAUGAAUGAAUAAAGCAGAAGAACUUUGAUUA